AUGGAUCAACUUCUUCUCAGUCAAUACGCACACCGUGUGGGUUACAUACUGUCAAAUGCAUUUUGUGAUGGUUGUUAUCAUAGAUUUGAAGAUGGCGAGAUGGGAUUUCGAUGCUUAGAAUGCAGUGGUUUUGUAUGUCCUAACAGUAAUGAACGAACAGUUAGACAAAUUGCAUUAACAACUAAUGUUAAACUUCAAUCCGGAACAACACAAAUGAAUAUGUCGCAAACAACGCCUUACACUGGCUAUGAUUUCUGUUUGGACUGUGCAAAGAAACCUUUCCUACAUUCACAUCACCAUUUCACAUUGACGACUUGUCGAAAAUGA